AUGUCGGGUCAGAAGAUUGCCAUCCUCUCUGUCUAUGACAAGACGGGUCUGCUGGACCUGGCCAAGGGCCUCAACCAGCAGAAUGUCCGCAUCCUUGCCUCUGGCGGCACUGCCAAGAUGAUUCGGGAGUCUGGUUUCCCUGUUGAGGACGUUUCCGCCAUCACCAAGGCCCCUGAGAUGCUGGGCGGUCGUGUCAAGACUCUUCACCCCUCCGUUCACGCCGGCAUACUUGCGAGAAACCUCGAGUCCGACGAGAAGGACCUGGCCGACCAGAACAUCAACAAGGUCGACUAUGUCAUUUGCAACCUGUACCCCUUCAAGGACACCGUUGCCAAGGUCAAUGUCACCGUCCCCGAGGCUGUCGAGGAGAUUGACAUUGGUGGCGUCACCCUCCUCAGAGCUGCUGCCAAGAACCACAGCCGUGUUACCAUCCUCAGCGACCCCAAGGACUACGCUGAGUUCCUCAAGGAGCUUGAGACCGGCGAGAUCACCGAGGAGAGCCGCAAGCGCUAUGCCCUGAAGGCCUUUGAGCACACUGCCGACUAUGACACCGCCAUCUCCGAGUUCUUCCGUAAGCAGUAUGCUGCCGACGGCAAGCAGUACAUGGCUCUCAGAUACGGCGCCAACCCCCACCAGAAGCCCGCGGCUGCCUUCGUGCCUUCUGGCGAACUGCCCUACAAGGUUCUCGGAGGCUCCCCCGGUUACAUCAACCUCCUGGACGCCCUCAACAGCUGGCCUCUGGUCAAGGAGCUCAAGCAAGCUCUGGGCAAGCCCGCUGCUGCAAGCUUCAAGCACGUCUCCCCUGCCGGUGCCGCCAUUGGAACUCCUUUGACCGAGGAUGAGCGCAAGGUCUACUUUGUCAACGACAUUGAGGGUAUUGAAUCUUCUCCCCUGGCUCAGGCCUACGCUCGUGCCCGUGGUGCCGACCGCAUGAGCAGUUUCGGUGAUGUGAUUGCUCUCAGUGACGUUGUCGAUGUACCCACUGCCAGCAUCAUCUCCAAGGAGGUGUCUGACGGUGUCAUUGCUCCCGGUUUCGAGCCUGCCGCCCUUGAGAUCCUCAAGAAGAAGAAGGGCGGAAAGUACCUGGUCCUGCAGAUCGACCCCGACUACGUCCCCUCCAAGACGGAGACUAGGACCGUGUACGGCGUUACUCUGCAGCAGCACCGUAACGACAUUGAGAUUUCCCCCAAGUCUUUCAACAGAAUCAUCACGCCCAAGGACUCUGCCCCUCUGUCCGAGUCCGCCCUGCGUGACUUGACUGUGGCUACUAUUGCCCUGAAGUACACUCAGAGUAACUCUGUGUGCUACGCCUACAACGGACAGGUCAUCGGCCUGGGCGCCGGACAGCAGUCCAGAAUCCACUGCACUCGUCUCGCUGGCGACAAGGCAGACAACUGGUGGCUCCGCUUCCACCCCCGCGUUCUGGGCAUCAAGUGGAAGAAGGGCACCAAGCGCCCCGACAAGAGCAACGCCAUCGACCUGCUGGUCAGCGGCGAGCUCCCCAAGUCUGGUGCGGAGCGCGACAUGUUCGAGGCGGUCUUCGAGGAGGUUCCUCCCGCCUUCACUGAGGCCGAGAAGGAGGAGUGGCUUGGCAAGCUGACCAACGUCGCCGUGUCAAGUGAUGCUUUCUUCCCCUUCGUUGACAAUGUUUUCCGCGCAUCUCGAUCCGGUGUCAAGUAUAUCGCCGCCCCUGGCGGCAGCCAGAACGAUGGGGCCGUGUUUGACACUGCGGAGAAGCUUGGCAUCACUUUCGUCGAGCAGAACAUCCGCCUCUUCCAUCAUUAA